GUCCAGGAGGCCGCGUCUGUUGCACCCCCCGUCGUGGGAAAAGACAGCCUGUCCACAAGCCAUGCUAAAGAAACAGAGGCGUAUCAAAACAGAGCCUGAGGAGUACAAGAUCAGUCAUUAGCUUUGCCUCCGCCACCGAUCCAGAGUUGAGCGCAUUGUGCUUCAUCGGCUGAGCUCAUCGCCGCCUCUCCAGCCAAGGACUCGCAACCUUAGCCACCACCCAAACUGAGUCUCACGGCUAUUGGCUGUGGCAGGUUCCGGCAUUGCCCUGGCCUUCUGACUAAGCCCCAGCUUCCGAAUCCACCCUUGCGAGUUGCGCAAUUUUCAUGCAAUUUGCCCGAAAAAUUCCACUCGCACCCGAGCCAGGAUUUCGGAGCUUGUGUUAGUGCCGGAGCCCUCCAACGAUAUCUGAUCGAAAAAGUGUGCGAGCGGGAGCAAGGAAAAAAAAAAAGAGACGGCCCUCCCUGCCAUUGCGACCUGAGGCUUUCCUCCCAGUCCUUCUUUCUGCACUCCUUUUGUUCGGCAUAACCCGAAAAUAAUACAAUCCGCGCGUUUGUUUGACGGCUCAUGUGCUGUCAAAUGAACCUGCAACGGCGACUUCCUUUACCCUAUCUUCUUCACCCCCGUCCUGGAUAAUUCUAAAUGCCCUCCAUCUACUCCUCCCUGUACCAGAACUUCAUCCGCCAGGGUUCCAAGACCUUUGUCAACGGCUACGCACAGUCUGUCGUAGCUGCCACCCAGCACAAUGUUCUAAACCCCCAGAACAGGCCGUCCUUUGCGCGGAGGAAUAGCACCAGCACCACCCGCAUCGGACGGCUCUCAACCCUUGCCCUCCAGAGCGCCUUUCACCCGGCCGUCUCGGCCGUCGGCGUCCACCCGGAACACCGAAUCGAGAGGGUAGCCAACCAUGGCGGCCUAGACGCCUACUUCGAGAACCUGCAAAAGGCCGAAGCCGUCGACGUCGAGGAUGCCAGCACAGUCGAGUCCGAGUGGGUUCAGUACCAAUUCCCCAAGCGCAUCGAGUGGAAGCCCUCCCCCGCAUCCAUUCUCCUUGAGCCGAGGACCCUGGUGGCUGAGAACGCGACCGAGGAUGCCCCUGCUCGACCCAUAUCGCCAGAGGAGGAGGCGGUGCUUGCGACUAUCGAUGCUGCCCUGGAACGGGAGAUCGAGGCUCGCAGCAAGCUCGAGGCGCUGCAGGAGGAGGAGGAGUCUGUACAGUCCGUGAGGUCGGCAUCACCUGCUGUGCCUGCGCUCCAGGAAGCCGUGGAAGAAGCCGUGUCAAGGUCCGCCACCCCCGUUUCGGGCACCAGGACACCCGCCAGCAUCCAGAGGACAGCAACACCACCGCCGGUCGAGAAGGUCGACCCUCAAUCUCUAACCUACACCAACCACUUGACCAAGCUUGCGGGAUCUGCCCGAUAUGCCGAGAUCCAUGCUGUGUUCGAGGCCAUGCUGGUUGCCGACGUUCAGCCAACACCAACCGCCUACAACGCCCUUCUCACGGCCUCCAUCCAGCUCUCCAGGGAGAAGAUUGAGGUUGUGUCCAAGGCCCUGGAUGUUUAUGCAGACAUGCUCCGCCGCAAGGUGGCCCCGGACAGCGACACCUACAACAUUCUGGUCGGUCUUCUCGCCUCUCGCUCGCUCGAGGUCGGAUCCUUGAAGACGUCCUUGGAGGAGAAGCGGGCGCGCUUUGGUGGAAUGGACGAGCCAGGACGCUUCAUGCUCGCCUCGCACGAGCUCGAGCACGCAAUACUCUCCGAGGAUGACCGUCUCGACCUCGCCAUCAAGCUGUUCGACAACUCAAUCCUAGAGAAUGAGGCAGUCUACUCGUCGGAAACAUAUCACGAACUCAUCUCUGCUUGUGCGCAGUCGGGCCGCGUUUCUGAUAUGCUCCAGCUGUUCGAGCAUAUGGAGCGUAACCAGGUCGUCCCUUUCGCCGCCACUUUCCCGGCCAUGAUCACUGCAUUUGCCGUCUCGGGCGACUUGGUCAGCGCAGUUGAGUGCUACACCGAGUACAAGACUCUGGCGGUGGCCAACGACAAUGGAAUGCCCAGUCUGCUUGACCGUCUCGAUGUCGACGUGUACGCUGCGGUCAUCAACGCCUAUGUCGUCUCGGACAAGCUAGAGGGCGCCAUGAAGUUCUACGAGAAGAUAAUCAAGGAGUAUGGAGUUCGGGCUGUGGACAUCAAGGACGCCAUCAUCAGCGCAGGUUUCGUCCAGGGCUUCUUGCACCGGGGCAUCUUCGAGGAGGCGCUGAUGUGGGCCCAGGCAGUUGAGGACCAGACGAGGCUGCAGACAAUGAGCCAUGUUGCCAGCAAAGCCGCCGACAGCGGCGACAUGCACACGGCAGUCGCGGCAUUUGCCGACCUGCCUCAGCCUAUGCUGAUGGGCAGUACCCCCGCAAUCGCUCUGCUUGCGCUCAGCGUCCGUCAGGGUGAUGUCGCCGCGGCCUCGAGAUUCUGGAGUGUUCUCAGCAGCCCGGAGAUGCAGGUGACGCGCAGCUUCAUCGAGCCCACGGCCAUGUACGCCGUGGCCAUGAUUGGCUCCGGUCAGGUGGCCGAGGGCUUAACACAGUCGGAGAUGAUGUUUGAACGCAUUAGGGCUCUUGCCGACGUGCAGCCGCAGGUCCUUGAAGAGGUCGACGAAGCUUCCGAGUUUGUUGGUCGGUUCAUGGCUCAGCGUGGCGUCGUGGAUCCCCGCGAUAUCGCCUCUGUCGCCUCGUAUCCUACACACGCCCUGUCCACCUCGCCUUUUGACUCCAGCGCCACCGUCUCCAGCUUCGAAGACACGUUUGACCCUUACGCCCACAACACCGACUUCAAGGGCUCGUCGCUGAUUGCCGACGACCUUGAGGGCUCUCAUGGCCGCAAGGGCCCCAAGCUGAACGAUGCCCUGAACCGGUUCCGCAACAUCCGCCGGGCAGGCCGCCACCCCAGGUACAUCACGUAUGCCAAGCUGAUCUCUGCUGCUGCCCGCGACGGCAAGAUGGAUCUUUGCAACGACAUUCUGGCUAUGGCUGCUGCCGACGUGCCUCUGCAGUCGCAGUAUGCCGUUGUCCGCUACGGGUGGUCCUCCAUCCUGGACGCCAUGGUUGGUGCCUGUCUGACGCUGGGUAAACGCUCGAUGGCCGAGCAGUUCCACAUCCAGCUUCUCUCCAUCGGUGCUUCGCCUUCCGCAAACACUUUCGGCCUCUACAUCACCACCCUGAAGGAAUCGACCAAGACGUUCGACGAGGCGUCCGAGGCCGUCAAGAUCUUCCAGCGCGCCAAGGCCGAGGGCGUCGAGCCGACCUCAUUCCUGUACAAUGCCCUCAUCGGCAAGCUUGGCAAGGCUCGGCGCAUCGACGACUGCCUGUUCUACUUUGCCGAAAUGCGCGCUCUUGCCAUCCGCCCCACCUCGGUCACCUACGGCACCAUCGUCAACGCCCUGUGCCGCGUCUCGGAUGACAAGUUUGCCGAGGAGCUGUUUGAUGAGAUGGAGUCUAUGCCCAACUACAAGGCGCGCCCUGCCCCCUACAACAGCAUGAUGCAGUUCUUCCUGACCACCAAGCGCGACAAGUCCAAGGUGCUCUCGUACUACGAGCGCAUGGUCGCCAAGGGCAUCUCGCCCACGACGCACACCUACAAGCUACUGGUCGACACGCACGCGACGCUGGAGCCCGUCAACAUGACGGCUGCCGAGGCGGUCCUUGAUCGUAUUCGCGCCUCGGGCCAGUCGCCAGAGCCCGUGCACUACGCCUCGCUCAUCCACGCCCGCGGCUGCGUCCUCCACGACAUGGCCGGCGCCCAGCGCGUGUUCGACUCGGUUAUGAAGGAUCCCUCCAUCCCCUCUUCGGCGUGUCUCUUCCAGGCCCUGUUCGAGGCCAUGGUUGCCAACCAUCGCGUCGCCGACACCACCGCCGUGCUGGCCGAGAUGCGCCGCCGCCGCAUCGAGAUGACACCCUACAUCGCCAACACCCUGAUCCACGGCUGGGCUGCCGAGCACAAGAUCGACAAGGCCAGGGAGGUGUACGAGGCCGUCGGCCGCGAGCGCCGUGAGCCCAGCACCUACGAGGCCAUGACGCGCGCCUACCUCGCCGUCGAGCAGCGUGAGGGUGCCAACGGCGUCGUGUCCGAGAUGCUAUCGCGCGGCUACCCGAGCGCUGUCGUCAACAAGGUGCUCGAGCUGCUUGGCGGCGGCGGCGGCGGCGCUCCUGCCGAGGAGGCUGCUGCUGCUCCUGUUGCUGUCGCCACUGUUGCUGCUGCCGCCUAAGGCUGUGUCGGGAUAUCUCUGCCCGCUUUUCUGCUCCCUUCUGUUUGUGGAAUUGUCCUUUUUAUUUUGGUCAAAUGUGUCGUGAUACCCCGGUGGCUGCCAACAAAAAAGCGUGGGAGGAACCUCAAAAGGUUGUCCCAUGUGUUUCUUUUUUCUUUAUUUUUUUCUUUCUUUUUUCCCCUAGCUCAUGUUCUCGUCUCCUUUUCCUCAUCCAUCACCCCAACAGCGCGCUAUUCUAUUCAUGCGAGUUUUUUUCAACUGCUUGCUAUCCUAGUCACCGGUGGUAUGCAUUUUUCUUCCUUCUCUUAAUUUCCUUUGUCCAUAUUCUCAUGAAACUGGAGGUCUUGGGUUGGACGGCGUUCAUGGUGUGUGGAGUAGCCUUCCCCGGCUACAUUUUUUCUCGCUUUUAUCUCAUUUUUCAUGGUUGAUUCACGGCCCGCCGAGGCAAUAUCGCCCUCUGGCUCGAGCCACCGCAUUGUUCAAGUUCUCUUUUGAAGAGGUUUACUUGAUUUACCUCAUAGACAAAUCUCCACUCUACAUACUCACGAAAACAUUUAAAGAGCAACCGGAAUAUGGGCAAAGGAUAGCUGGAGGAAUCGCGGUGCAUUUUGCUUGGGUUCAUGGGUCGGGAACGGGGAAUGCAUGGGGGUUUACCGGGCAGCAUCCAAAGGGCAACGCAGGCAGGCAUGGGAAAUGACGGCUGAAAGACGGGAUUCAGGUCUAAUCGGGAGGGUGUUUGGGGGUUUGGCCACGGACGUUUGUUUACGGCCAAAAAAGGCUGACGAGAAGAUGAUUCCCAUGCUUGCGAGACGAGGCCUGAGCAUGCACAUCCUGCGACAAGCGGGCGCGGUUGCUCUUUGUAUAACAAAAACAUUUGUUUAUAUCCCACAAAGAAAUAGACCUCACAAUGCUUCUAAGAACAGCGACUGUUGAGUGUGUGAAGAUGCUAUACUGUGGAGACAAGUUACUCUCUCG